AAUCAGCAUUUUGUAGGUAAUCAACAACUUCUUUUUUAUCGUCCUAAACAUUUAUCGAUAUUUUCUUCCAAAUUUUUAAAAGGUCCAUAGAUAACAGCCGUCGAACGAUAAUUGGAUCUUAUCAUUUAUCUGUAAGUUAUUAUACUACUUUUAAUCGCAUUGUAAAAGUCAAGAUAAGAUCGUGAUUCUUCAUCGUUGAAUCAUAAGCCUUGUAACUGAAUUUAAAAGACAAGGAUUAUCUGUUAUUCUAUCUAUUUAAACAUUAUCAAUCUUUUUUACAGUUCUAAGAUGAACAGUAGAUUCAGGUUUGACCUAUUUCUGCAUGGAAUCCUGCUUGUUAUUAGAUAAUAUGUAUAGCAUACAUAUAUUUAUUAUAAUCUAAAACCAUUGACAAGCCUGACCCUUUAUUUAGGAAGUUAAAAAUGUUGAUUCAUAAAUAAUUUACAAAACACUAAACAAUAUAAAACCUCAGUUUAUUGUUAUUCUCGUCAAUUUUUCCAUUGGAUUUGUUUUUUAUUAAAAAAAAAACUAAAAAGCCUAUUAUUAAUAAUAAUUCUUAAAUAAUAUUAACUUGAGUAUGGAUACCGACAUUUAUAAGAAAAUAUACAUUUAACAAUAUACAUAUAUGUACUUGUUUGCUCAUAUAUUAAGUACAAAAGACAGAACAUUCUAUAUAGAAUGUUUUAAGGUACUCUUUUGUUAUUGUUAUUAUUAUUAUUAUUUUUAUUUAUCUUUCAUUUAACGUUGAUAAACACUUUAUUAGUUAUUAAAGAGUACUUAAUGUAUAUAUUGUAUAAGUGUAGUAGAUAUGUAUAUUUUCUUUAUAAAACGAACAAAGCAAAAUAGGGGAAGAGUUGGUGGGAAAUGGAUGAUGAGUAAAGAACUAGAAUAAAGUAAAUUAUAAAGGAAAGACUAAUUAUUUUUAAUAUUUGUAACAUGAAACUGAUAUAUAUAUAUUUAUAUAUAGUUUCUGAAGCAAUUUCGUUCAAUUAUUCUCUCAUACGAAUCAAAGUGAAUAAUUCUAUAUCUACUGCAGGAAAUACUCUUUACUAUUACCAUUCAAUAAUAAUAGCAACCGUUCAAUCUGUAUUAAAGAUAUAAAAAAGAGUAUUCUCCAUUUUAUCGCUACCUUCAUCUAGUUGGGCUAAUUUUUAAACUCUCCCAUUUUUGUUUGUUUGUUUUUUAAUUACAAACAAAAUGAACUUAAAGGUUGCCCAAGCAUAUUGGGAAGCUGAGAUUGAUAAUAUUUGUUUACAAUCCGACAACAGUUUCGGCAAACGGAAGUACAUACAUGUUGGAAUGCAGCGUCAAAUUUCAUCAAACGGUAAGAAGAAUGGAUCGAAAAAGAACAAAUGGCCUCAUUCUUCUGAUACUAUUUUGAGAAGUCGCGUUGCUUACAAUGUAAAGUUUCUGGGACAUACGGUCGUCGACGAGGCCAAAGGGGUUGAAGUAGUGAAAGGUGCUAUUAGAAAAAUGAAAUUCAAUAAACAAUUGAAAAAAUCUGAAGGAUUAAAACCUCAAAAAGUUGAAUUGUCUAUUUCUGUCGAUGGAGUUAUAGUUCAAGAUCCUAAAUAUAAGGUUAUACAGCACCAAUUUCCAUUGCACAAAAUUUCUUAUUGCGCUGACGAUAAAAGCGACAAACGAGUUGUAACUUUUAUAGCUCAUAUACCUGAACAGCAAAAGCACGAAUGUUUCGUCUUCGAUUCGGACAAAUGUGCUGAAGAAAUAACCUUAACAAUUGGUCAAGCCUUCGAAUUGGCCUAUCAAAAAUUUAUAGAAAAGAAUAAUCAUAGCGUCGAUAUAAGAAAACAACUUUUACUGCAUCAGAAAAAGGUUCAGCAACUGACACAAGAAAAUCUUCAUCUGAAAGCGAGAGUUGCCGAUUUGGAAAGAAUUAUUAAUCCAUCUGUGUUAGAGGAAUUCGAUAGAAGAAAGCCAAACGAAUCAAAUGAGACUGUUACUAUGGCAGAACCUUCAGUUGGAAGAAAAUUAGAAGGAUUAGUUUUCGAAACAGAAACUCCAAUAAGUAUGAAAUUAAAUAUGUUAUGCUUUAGAGACCAUACCACAUUUUUCAUUAUAUCUUGACUAACAAAAAUAUAUAGAAAAUCGCGUAGAGAUUAAACUAUACAAUAUAUAUAGUAAUAUUAAUAGAUAAAAUAUAUGUUCAGCUAUUAAGUUUGCUUUCUUACCUUUGUCGUGUUUUCUUUAUCUUUUAAUAAUUUAGUUUCACCACCACCACCUGUUCCGAGUAGGAGCCAUUUACCCAAUUCAUCGUCAUUCGAAGGAGAUUACGCUAAAAAAGAGAAGACUUACGACGAAUUUGGAAUGGAAAUCUUUUCACCGGAUAGCGAAAUGAUAGAUUUGGAAGCCGGAUUUAAAAAGGGCUUAACUGUCGGAUCUGAUUUUACUCUCGAUGAGCUGGAUCCUUUAAAGAGUCAAUGAGAUGAAAUAUAAAAAAAGAAGACAAAUUGUAAUAUUUGAUAUCAAGAUUUCGAAGUCGUUAAUUGCCCUAUUUUCUAAUUUUUCUCCUUAUUGAAAGUGUUACGUAUCAAAAUAACUUUGACGAUUUAGUCAGAUAAUGCAAAAGCUUUAAUUUUAAUUGAAUAUUUGAAAAAGUAAAGAGAAAUAAUGAAUUUACUUUUUUCUCUCUCUCUUUCUGUUAUUC